UUAAUAGCGACUGGUGGACAAGGUGGCGUUCCGAACACUGCUUUCGUCACAAAUCAAUUUCGUACACCUAAGUUCGCUCGGCGGGGUGAGCCUGGUGAGCAUCUCAAACUAAGUCUGGAAUUGAAAUUGCUCGCAGAUGUCGGUCUAGUUGGCUUGCCGAAUGCAGGUAAAAGUUCUGUUUUAGCCGCUCUUACUAGUUCCAAGACUAAGAUAGCAAACUAUGCAUUCACGACGCUUAAACCGGAAGUUGGCGUCGUCAAUACUGACAGCCUUGAGCCACGCUUUACAAUACUUGACAACCCUGGAUUGAUAGCUGAUGCAGCGCAGAAUAAAGGUCUUGGACAUACAUUCUUACGCGCAGUGGAACGUGCUCUUGUGCUAGUUUACGUCGUUGACUUCUCGAAAGAUGAGCACUUGGAUGACCUCGACACGCUCAUUAAAGAGCUCAACGAGUAUAAGGAUGGAUUAGCCCAAUGUGGUACUGUUAUAGUUGCUAACAAGGCCGAUCUCAUGGGUGGG